CAGCUUCAGAAGAUGGUCCAGGAUAUCAAGAAGAAUGAUGGCAGUAUCCUAAACAGGCUGAGAAGAUUUCAAAACAAGUCAUCUCCAAAACUACCUGUAAGAGACUAUCGAGGUAAGACCUAUCAAGGUAAUGACGUGGAGGAAGAACAGUGGUCUGAAAAAGAGUUUGACAGUGACACUUAUGAGGUCCCUCAAGAGGAGAAGGAUGACAGCUAUGAGCCUCCUCCCUGUCAGAGAGUCUUCACCUCCACUUCGUCUGCCUCCUUUCCCAGGGGGGAAUACAUAGACAGCUGCCGUAGCAGGCCGGACCCCUCGCCCAGGAAGCCCAUCUGGCCUCCAAAGACCACCAAACCACCCCCGUCACCAUCACUGCCCCCUAAACCCAACCAGCAGGCCUAUGAUGAAGAAGACUACGUCAACCCAGAAAGUGACGAUGAAGACAACUAUAUAAACCCCACAGAGGAAUCACCUGCUAACCGUCCAAUGCAUGGAAGAGGCAAACCGAUAACGAGCAGUCCUUCAAUGUCCAAGACUGUGCCAGGGUGCUCAAAUAGCUCAGAUGUGUAUGAAGUCCCUGACAUGGAGGAAAACUCUCCUCCCCCAGUGAGCAGACCUUCCACACUCCUCAGAGUCCCUAUACAGAGUUUGCCCCCUAGAGCCAGCCCAAGAAUGCACAUAAAGAAUUGUCAUCCCAUCCCAAUCCAGGAGCCCAUAGAUGAUGAUGAAUAUGAAGUCUGCAAUCCAGACACAACUGGCAGUACAACGUCUGGGGAAAAGCCCCUGCCUGCACUUCCCAAACCAAUGCCCAGAGAGAUGAAGCCAUUGAAGCCAUAUUUUAAACCGAGGCCAGAUAUUGCAUCCGGGGGAAAUGAAGGCACAGCACUGGCCACGAGGCCCAUUAACCAGAAACUCACGGCCACACCCCAGCCCUCUGAAUACAAGCGUGCCAAGAUUCCUCUGCCACAGAUGUUGACCUCUCACAAAACUGAUAGAGGAACUGUAGCCACAGAUGAAAAUGGGUUAACAGAUGCUGAAGAGGGGACAGAUGUCUUGAAGAAACCCUGGUAUGCCAGCACCUGUGACCGUAAGACAGCUGAGGAUGCCUUGGUUCGCUCAAAUAAGGAUGGGUCCUUCCUAAUAAGGAAGAGCUCUGGUCAGGACACACAACAGCCAUACACUUUAGUGGUGUUUUACAACAGUAGAGUCUACAACAUCCCAGUGCGCUACAUCCAAGCAUCGCAGCAGUACGCACUUGGAAGGGAGAAGAAAGGAGAGGAGCGUUUCACCAGUGUUUCCCACAUCAUUGAGAACCAUCAGAGGAAACCCCUGGUACUGAUUGACGGCCAGAGUAACACCAAGGACUCUACCAAACUGUGCUAUGCUGUGAAUCCUUAGGCCUCACUAGACCCUAUCUAGUCCUAUGGACCAUCAGGGAUUUAAGGUUCGGACUUGGGAGUCACAUUCCAAAUCUGUGCGUCUAGUGUAAGACCUGUGUGCAAGUCAUCAGGCAAUUUGAUGCUGCUCUCAGUCUGAAAUUACUGACCAUCUGUUCAGGGUUUGUGACAAACAGUUGGAUUAGUCUAGUCACAUUCACCAGCCAUGGAUAUCCAAGCAAGACCAGAAUAAAAUUGACUUACUGUAAUGUGCUAGUCUCUCUAGACAGACAGGUUGCUUUUGGCAAUGUACCAAUGCUCCAGCUUAACACGUCUGUACGUAAUAUAACGUUGGUUGGACAUAGAGGAACUACAUCACUGCCUUCUCCGCCUGUUGCACACAUCCCCCGGCCACAAAAUAGAAGCUAUCAAGAUGAAGAUCACAGGUUAUUUUUAAUGAGUGCAUUUGGUAAUUGGCUAGUUUACAUCAACUACCUUCACUAAAACCACUGCAAAGGUUUUACCUGCAAACUUUGUAUCGUGAUUUGAUGGGCGAGGUGCCUGUCUGAAGAGGACCGUCCUGGAACAAUUUUUCCCUCUUUUCGGAAUGUACUAAGUCAGUCCGUCAUGAUUACCAGACCCUAGUCACUGUUGUGGCCUAGGGUCGUGUUUCCGAGAUUGGUACUGUGCCAAUUCAGUAAAAUAGUUCAUGUGUGUACAUUUUCAAACUGGUGUUGAACAUUUUGCAUUCUAUGGGGUCUUUUCCACCAACUAAACAUGGCCCCUCUAAUAGUGCCAUUAUGUAUUCUUAAAAUAUUGUAGAAGUAUUAUAAAUAGAAAGUAACUACAGUAAGCAUGAAUGCUGUAUGAUGCUGGUAAGCAACACCAAUAGAACAAAGAAAUGUCUGCAGCAUUGCGUUUUAUACCAUAUUCUUUAGUUGUGUUCAUUAACUCAAAAUGAUUGAUAUACCUUUCCUUACUUAAUUGUGUUACCUGACUUACAUACAUAUUCAAUAAUCACACAGAUAUUGUCAAACUAUUUGUAUUUAUUGAUCUGUACAACACAUAAUGCUACCAGGUGUGUAUCAAGAUAAAUACAUAUUCGUUGUGUAAAGGUCAGGCACUUGGAGAAAAACAAAUAUUUCUUAAGUCAAAAUUGUACCUCUUUCCCUGACUUCUCAAUACUAUUCCAAACCAGGUACGUCCUAUAAUUCAUCCAUGCCAGAGAGAGAGAGAGAGAGAAAGAGGUGCCUAGAGGGGUUGCUGAACAUACGCGCCAUUACGAUGAUGCACUAUGAUUGUGAUGUGGAGAGACACUUUGAACAUUUUCUGUUUAAAUGCAGAAAUACAUGGUGGGUGACUAAUGCUGACGUGUGCAAGCAGAAAGGGUAUGGUCCGAAAGAUGUGCUAUGUGUAUUUAUGAUUUGGGUCCAUUUGACCAAUGGUCCUGGGCUGACUAACUAAAAGUAUCCCUUGCCAUGGAUACUGUCAGAACAUAAGGAAACAUACAGUAACAUGCAUAUCAAUAUUGUCAUAAGCUUCAUAAAGUGAGAUAAUGGGAAGAAGUAUUCACUGUCUGUUCAUAAUCCUAUUAAAAAAACAUAAUUUCAAGUCACAAUAGGAAUUUCUUUCAGAAAAACAAUAUUUUGCAUGUAAAACCAGCAUUGUUAGGCUAUAUGCAGACAUGCCAUCAGUCAUCCUAUAACAUACUAUGGAUUUUGUUAAAUUAUAAAAAGGUGAAUACUUUGGACUACUCCUGCUACUAGUGCAGGACUAACUUAACAAAAUGUACUAUAUUUGAAACCAUUCAUAUUUUUGGUACGUACUGUACUGUAUGCAUUCAAACAAAAACAAACACAUUCACUAUUUUCUAUGGCCAAAACAGGGGGGGGGGGGGGGGGGGGGGG